AAAUCUGAAAAACAAGAAACUGCAGUAUAUUAAGACAGGUGGAGUAAUAUCAGAAGAAUUAUUCAAAAUAUUUCAAAGCAAUUUCCUUUGGAGAUAAUAACUGAGAACACAGAGGCGAACUAUUAUGCACCUAUAAUGUGUUUUAGAAGUAGAUGUUAAACUUCAGUUUGAAGGAAGAAUGUCUCUCAAUCCAUCUGUAUUUCUUAAAGAAAUCGAAGAAAAUAAUUCAAAAUUUGUGGAAACAAACAAAACUACUUCCAUAGCUUCAGAAAAUCCCCUUCAAAACUUAUGCUUAGCAUCUCAAGAAGUUCUUCAAAAAGCUCAGCAAAGUGGGAGAUCAAAGUGUCUCAAAUGUGGUGGUUCAAGGAUGUUUUACUGCUAUACAUGUUAUGUCCCAGUUGAAAAUGUACCUAUUGAACAGAUUCCACUUGUGAAGCUUCCAUUGAAGAUUGACAUCAUUAAACAUCCAAAUGAAACAGAUGGCAAAAGUACUGCUAUACAUGCAAAACUCUUAGCACCUGAAUUUGUGAACAUUUACACAUACCCUUGUAUUCCAGAGUAUGAAGAAAAAGACCAUGAAGUUGUACUUGUUUUUCCUGGACCUCAGUCUAUCUCAAUAAAAGAUAUUUCUUUUCACUUGCAAAAAAGGAGUCAAAAUAAAAGUAGAGGCCAAAAUGAUGACCUUGACAAGCCAUCUUUUAAACGAAAAAAAAUUGAAGAUCAGGAGGACUAUGAUUUGAAUGAUAGUAUGUGCAAAAACGCAAUACUGAAAAAAAUUAUCUUUAUAGAUAGCACCUGGAACCAAACAAACAAAAUAUUCUCUGAUGAGCGACUUCAAGGGUUGUUACAAGUUGAAUUGAAAACAAGAAAAACUUGCUUUUGGCGCCAUCAAAAAGGAAAGCCAGAUACUUUCCUUUCCACAAUUGAAGCCAUUUACUACUUUCUAGUAGACUACCAUACUGAUGUAUUAAAAGAAAAAUACAAAGGACAAUAUGACAAUCUUUUAUUUUUCUACUCUUUUAUGUACCACUUGAUAAAGAAUGCCAAGUGCUCUGGAGAUAAGGAAACAGCAAAACAUACCUAGUAGUUGAUAACAAGCCACCUAUCAUUUUAUUUUGCUAAAAUUAAUAAACUUAUAGUUGUGCUUUGUUUAUUCUUGGGAAAUAAUUGUGUAUAAUAGCUGCAAUACCACUUGAAAAAAUUCCAUUUUCACCCAUAUUUUUUAAAACAAAAUUGUAUCUGAAGCAAUUUUUCAGAGAUAAAGUUGAUUUAAAAACCUUAUUUUGCAACCAACAAUAAAAAAAAUUUAAAAAAAAUAAAAAAAACCUUAUUUUGAAAGUUAUUUGCUCAAUUUUGGCAUAUCAGUUUUAUUGCUAUAUUUUAAUAAAAUAUUUUAUCUAUGUAAUUAUAAUUAAAUAUUUGAUUAGAGGUCUUUGUUUCUUUUUCACCUAUACAUUUUUGCCUUUGGAUUUAGAUGAGGUCAGAAUGUUUAUGCUGAAAAAAAAAUUGAUACUGAUUUGUUUGAGGUUAGUGACAAAUGUAGGCACACCUAGAAUUAGAGCUCUAGUUUGUUUCUAGUGCUAUUUCUCUAAGUCUUCACUGUCUGUGAUGAACAUUUACUGCCUAUUGCAUCUGCCUGUUAUCUCUUUGAAGGGAAGAUUGUUAAUAAUCAUAUGGUCCUCCAUUGAAAUGGGAUAUGUGACCUAGGAAGAUGAGUGUUAUAGCACAUCCAAAAUGCAGUGAUUGAUCCAGGGCUGAGCACGUGACCCAGUAGUAAAAGAGUCCUUUUUGAUGAGUCCUGUGGAUGCUGUAGAAGAUGGGGUUUAAACUGGGCACAUUGGUGCAGGACUAUCAUCUCAGUUACUGUGGAGUCUGAGGCUUGAUGAUCCAGGUUUGAAGCCAGCCUGGGCCACUUAGUGAGUCACUGUCAAAACAGACAAACAAACAAAAAGGGUUGAUUCAAUCCUUAAUAGUGAGAUACUGAGAGAUAGAUAGAUAGAUAGAUAGAUAGAUAGAGAGAGAGAGAGAGAGAGAGAGAGAGAGAGGAUUUACAUUUCAAAAGGCAAUAUUGUACAAUGGCUAAAUGCACAUAUUCUAGAACUAGACAACUGAAUCUAAAUUUCAACUUUGCUUUUUUAUGUAACAGCCAUAUGCCAAUUUUUUCAUCUGUGGCAAUCUUAUAGAAUUACUAUGAGGAUUAACUGAAUGAAUGUAUAUUAAGGGCUUUCAGCAGCACCUAGAAUAUUAAGUGCCAUAUUCCCAGCCCUUAUUAUUUAUUUGGCAUUAUGAACUAAGAAUAAUUUAAAGCUAGGGCUGCUAGUGACUACUUAUGCUACCAGGUGAAAAGAUCCAGUGUUAGAAUGAAGGCAGAAGAAGAAAACAGGGUAGAGAGAUAAAGAGAGACUGAGUUUUGAUGACUUAAGAACAGAUGUAAGUGCUUUUGAAUGGAACCCUACCAUGCUCUAUAGCUUUUGUUUGCCUCUCUAUAUCUACCCUUAACUCUUUUCAGUUCUGCUCCCUGCCUGUGAAAUAUGUUCCCUUGUUCUCUGACUUUUGGUUUGAUUCAACAAAUGAGAUGCAUCAGCAGGAAAUUAGAGGUUGAAGGGAAAAUCAUUUAUUUCCCUGCCCUUUUCUUGUCAGGUCCUCAUGGGUCGAUUGUGUCCUUUUACAGAAUGCCAUUUUAUCAGGUAUCCUUUCCCUUCCCAAGCAAUUAUCCCAGUUUUUUCUCUAAAUUCAGAUCCAUGCUCCUUCCCUUUGCACAUUUUCAUUUAAAGGUAGUAACGGGUUCUACUUGUUGCUAAGUCUCAGGGUAGAUCAUUAUCCUUUGUUAUUUUCCCUUAUCCCUACUCAUACUUUUAUAAAUACUCAUUUUAUUAUGCUCCAAUAAAGUGACUUCAUUUGAAGAUG